AUGAGCGUGGACGCAGGCGGUUCACGUCGUAGCUAUCGCAGUCCUAAUAAUCAUCAACAUUCUAACAAUGUAAAUCAACAUCCUGGAAGCUUUCAUCUCACUAGUGAAACAAUUGCAUUAUCGUCACAACCAUCUCCUCGCUUGUCACGUCAAAUGCGGUCUAGUCUUAAAAAAUCUGUACCAUCAGUGGAAGAGGGAGAUUUUGUCUGGGUGAGUGAUGAAAGUGGAUUUUGUACAUCUGCUGUCGUUGUACGUACAGGGUUUGUCUUUGAUGAAGAUACAGAACAAGAACAGCAUGUGACGGUCGUACAUACUGAAGAUGGUGAGGAACGUGCUAUUCGUGAUCGAUCAUUAGUGAAAUUACCAUCAUGUCAUCAUCCAAAAGAAUUGCUACCAUUAGAGCUACAUGAUCUUAGUAAUGUUCCUCUUAUGGCAACGAAUGGUGAUACUGGACGAACCGAAACGUUUACAUCGGAACAAUUAGAGAAUGUAGCAUUAUAUACGUUACGCGCUAGGUAUCGUAUGGAGCAAGUCUACACUUGGGUCGAUCGAGUGCUUAUUGGAUUAAACCCCGUGACUCCAUUGCCUAUAUACACACCUGAUCAUAUGCAAGCGUAUAAUAAGAGUCGAGAACAUACGCCAUUAUAUGAAAAAGAUACGGUGCAUGAUGCUCCACCCCACGUCUUUGCUUUGGCACAGAAUGCACUUCGAUCGAUGCAAGACUCAAAUGAAGAUCAAGCUGUCAUUCUAUUGGGUGGUAUGGGUGCUGGUAAAUCCGAGGCAGCUAAACUUCUUGUUCAGUACUUGUGCGAGAUUGGCGACAGUGCCACUUUGCGACAAGAAAACGAUGCUGAUGCUGGAGUACUUCAUCCCAUUGGUCAACAGAUUUUACAUGCGUUUACAAUUUUAGAAGCAUUUGGAAAUGCUGCUACGUUGCAGAAUCCAAAUUCGUCACGAUUUGCAAAAAUGAUCUCAGUCGAAUUUAGUAAACAUGGUGAUGUGAUUGGAGGAGGGUUUACAACGCAUUAUUUUGAAAAAUCUCGAAUUAUUGAGUGUCGAAACCAUGAACGGAAUUUUCACGUCUUGUAUCAAGUCCUUGCAGGAGUGCAACAUGAUCCUGCGUUACGUGAUGCACUGGAAUUAAACAAAAGUAUCAGCGAGUUUGCACUUUUGAAACAAGCUAAUCCAGAUCUCACACACGCUGCAUUAGAUGCGCGCGACUAUCGAGAUCUCAUGUCAAGUUUUUCCGCGCUUCGAAUUCGUAAGAACGAACGAAUCGAAAUUGUUCGAAUUGUCGCUGCUUUAUUGCACCUUGGUAAUGUCGAAUUUGUGCUUGAUCCUGAAGGUGGCAAAUCGACUAAUACUACCACUUCCAUGACGAUUAGUGAUGCUAAUUCGUGCGCUCUUAAGGAUCCAGCUCAAAUUCUCUUGGCUGCUAAACUAUUGGAUGUUGAACCAGUGGUUUUGGACAAUUACUUUCGCACGCGUCAAUUCUUUUCAAAAGAUGGAGGUAAAACAGUAUCGUCGCUCAAAGUCGUAACAGUCCAUCAAGCUCGAAAGGCACGCGAUACGUUCAUUCGAAGUUUAUAUGAGUCGCUUUUCAAUUUUCUUGUCGAUACACUGAAUGGAAUUCUUGGCGGCAUCUUUGAUCGGUAUGAGAAAUCCAAUAUUGUGAUCAAUUCACAAGGUGUCCACGUUUUAGAUAUGGUUGGAUUUGAAAAUCUCGAAGCUUCUUUAAACACUUUUGAUCAGCUUUGUUUCAACUAUUGGAGUGAAAAGGUUCAUCAUUUUUACGUUCAAAAUACACUGGCAAUCAAUUAUAGCGAGUUGGAAGAAGAGACACAGCAAGUGCAACACCGUCUAAGUUUCCAUGCUACUAUUGACAUUACAAGUGAACAAGAAAAGUGCUUACAAUUGUUUGAAGACAAAUCCGAUGGAAUUUUUACCUUAUUGAGUGGAUCUGCUAAAGCCCGUGCUCCAAAUGACGAUGAUUUUGUGCAUAAACUCUUUUCCAGCAAUGAAAAUGUCACGGCUUUAUCACGACCGAAUGUAGGAGCUGAAACCACUAGCGAUUACUUGGCUCCCUCCAAAGAUUGGCGACUUUUGUUCAUCAUUCAGCAUCAUUGUGGAAAAAUUACGUACAAUGGCAAAGGUUUAGCAGCCAAAAAUGCUCUCACCAUCUCGUCAACGUGUGCUGCUAUCAUGCAGUCGUCCAAAAAUGCCGUACUUCAUGCAGUUGGAGCGGCUCAAAUGGCUGCAGCAUCAAGUGAAAAGGCAAAAGUAUCGACACUUCGAGAAAGCAUGUCCAAGUUUCGAACUUCAAUCACCUCAGCUAAAGAGGGUAAAGUUAUUGGAGAAAGUUGUGUUCUGGAUGUCUACAAUCAAGCGGAUGCUUUGUUGCAUGCGUUGAAUCAUACAGGAAAGAACUUUUUCGUAUGUAUCAAACCAAAUGAAGAAUUGGAAGAAGGAGUAUUUGACUCGGCGUAUGUGAUGAAGCAGAUUCGAGAGAAUCACGUGGUGGAACUCAUGCAAGCUAGUCGAUCCAUCUUUACCGUACAGCUUACAUACGGACACUUUUUUCGACGGUACAAGAAUGUGUGUGGUCAUCGUGGAACGUUAGAGUCAUUACUGCGUUCAUUAUCAGCAAUUGGAGUCUUGGAAGAAGAGACGUUUGUUGUUGGAAAAGCUAAAGUCUAUUUGACAAGUUAUCAAUGGAAAAAGCUGGAGCAAGCGCGAUUUUUGUAUUUAAAUGCUUGUGCAACGAUGAUCCAGCGAAACAUGCUGCGUGGAGGCUUUCGAAAGAAGUCAGCACGUUUGCUUUACGUCAUGCGAGGACUACGAGAAGCGAUGACUCAGCGUGAUUCGAACGAUUUGAUUCAACAUAUUGCAAAUUGUGCGCAGAUUCUUGGAAAACGUGCGUGUGCAGACAUUCGUGUAUUGAACGAAGGUCGGCAAUUAAUUGUACGAUUGGAUGAAGAAGAAUAUGUGAACUCGAUCAUUGCCGAUGCUACACGCAUUGGGCAUCCAAAUCUGAUUGAAUAUGCUGUGCGUGUUGCUGAAAAGAGCUCUCCGUGGCUCGCAGUCGAUCCGUUACGACGGAAAAGCAAGAGUAUUGUGGCUCUACAGAAGCAAAAGAACGAAAAAUUGGCUGCUGUGAACGGAAAAUUGCGUGCAUAUAUCAUUGCAAACGAUCCAGAAGCACUGAUGGGUUCGCUGGCGACAUUGGAGGAGCCUUCAGUUGAGUCGCUAGAACGAAAACUUGCGACAAUGAUGAUCAUUCGCGCACUGGAGGAAAAAAGUGCGGUUGAGUCGGUUUCAUAUGCUCUCUCGACGAUUACAGAAGUGGACGAUGACGCGAGUGUACUGAACGCACUGCUUGGCCCUGCCACUAAAGCUGUACGACUAGGAGUGGAAGCAAAGGUUGCAAAGGUUGCUGAGACGCUGAGAAGAUUAAACAGUCGCAUUCAUGAGAGUGACGAAGAGAUUGAAAUCGAAGAAGAGAUUGAAGAAGAUGUGAGUACACGAUCUAAGCCUAUCGAAACAGUUGACUUGCAGAACAUCUUUGCUGCUUUGCAAAAAGCGUUGGAUGAUGAGAAUUAUGUUGCUGUAGACAAAGUGUUGGCUCGAUUGAAAGUGCUUGGAAUCUCAGAUGGCGAUCCUCGACUGGAUACUGCAAAACGGGCUAUCGCUGCACAAACAAUCCCAGCAAGUAUGCUUUCUGAACGAAAGCAAGUGAUUAAAUUUCUAGCUGUAGCUAAGAUUUCGCAAGAUAUCGAGUUAUUGUCAGAAGCAAUUAAAGAGGCUGUUGGUGUUGGUUUAGCAAAGUGGGACUUUAAUCUGAAAAAUGCCGAGCGGGAACGCGAAAAACUUCUUGCAGCUCAAAGUAAUUCGCCAACGACAGUGGAAAUAAUGCCAGUGACGACACAAAUUGUUGUGAAAUCAGUGAAAAAGGUUAAGAAAGUUAAAAAAGUGGUAGAAACCACACCAAUCGAAAUGUUGCUGCAAAUUUGGGAAGCUGAAGACGUGAAUGUUCUUGAUCGUUUGCACUCUGCUAUUCCACCAAACCUCCAAGGUGUAUUUGAUGCAAAAGUCUUUCGACUGCAACAAGUUGCUAGUAUUCAAAAGACGUUAACUGAGGCGCUUGAAUGUGAUGUUCCUAAGACUGUAGAGCAAGCGCUUGGUGAGUCAAUUAGUAUGGGGUUUUGUUCUCCUCGAUUUGAGGUAUUAUUUGAAUAUCACGCAACACUUCGAAGUCGUGCGAAUGGAGAGGAGAAAAAAGAAGAUGUAGCCACUAUGGAUGGACUUCACGCAGCUAUUCAAUUGUUAACUCGUCGAGUUGAAGAAAAUGCUGAGAUUCGUCAGGAUGCUAUCGAAUUAUUGGCAACGGAAAUGGACGAGUUUUCAAAUCCAAGCGGCGAUAGCGAUAGUGUGUAUAAUGCUGAAGAACGGGAACAGAUACUACUUAAAGUUGGCAACUUGCGUCGCCAUUUGGAAUCACGUAUUGCAGCCGCUGCUCGUCUUGAAUCGACGCUUGCAUUGCCUACAGAUGCGGCGUCUGUUAAAGCCAUUGAGUUGAGUAUCGAGGUGGCAAGAGAAGCAGGCGUUCAUGAACGAUUAUUAUUGAAAGCAGAAGACAAACUGACGAUUGCUCGAAGAAAAUCUGUUGGGACAGGUGAACGACAGCAUGGGCUCUCAUAUCACAAUGACACGGAGAGUAGCUUUAGUCUGAAUGGACCUAACGAUAGCAAAAGUCCACGUUGUGAUGCGAUGGGAGACAGAAGUACUGAUACUUCAAGCGAUAAGCACCACAAUCACGGCAUAGAAAAAGAUGCCGUUGCAUUCCAUCAUUUUGAACAUUUACGUGGAUUCAACUCCCAAUCAACAGGAGUUCUUGCCAAGAAAUUAUGCUGGGAAAGCCGCGCAAUCUCGCAGAGCUUAUCGAUAUUAUACGAUACUAUGGAUGAGACUAUCAAUACGACAUUUGCGUCGGCGGGACAGAUGGCACUGUCGAUUAAUCGCUGUAUCCUCGGUUACAUGCGGGAUCGAAUUGUAUUUUACCGUGAGAUGCUAGCGCAGUACAUUCUUCAAAUUGGUCUGAUGAAGCCAUCACUUGUGGAUGAAAUUUAUUUACAACUUAUGAAACAAUUGACAAAGAAUCCAAAACGAGAUAGCAGCAUUCGUGGUUGGUCGUUGUUUGCCAUGUGUGCCACGUCGUUUCCACCGUCAUUAGCACUUCAAAAGUAUGUCAUUCUGUUUCUGAAAGCACAAACGGCGGAUAGUAAUAGUUUCUGGCGUCUUGUACGCAACUUCGCGGCCUAUGCAUUAAAAAAACUUGAAAAUCUUCUCGAAAAUGGUGCAACGGGGUUUAUUCCUAGUAUUGACGAAAUUCGUGGCUAUGAAGCUCGACCGCCAUUUCUUGCUACGAUUCAAUUACUAGAUGGAACACCGUUAGCAGAUGCUUUUCCAGUCACACCCGAACUCACAGUGACACAAAUGGUUGAAAUUUGUGCUCAUUUUCUCGGAUUAGAAGACCAUGUUGUUAACUUUUUAGGUCUCACAACCACAUCUGAACGUGUUGUGGUUGGAAAGACUGGAGCUACUAGUUCUAGUACGUCCAUCUCUGCUAGUCGUGAAGGCGAGAACGAGCCAACAAAUGACUCGAAUGUUGCUAAUAAAGAAGUCUCGAUACCACAAACGUUAAGUGUGAGUACAUCCGUCGCGUCCCCAACAAGUUAUUUCCACAAAUUUAUGACUGCACCGUCAUUUUUAAGCUCAAAUAUGUUUCUUGGGGAUAUCUUUGAAAAAGAACUCAUUCGUGGACGAGACGUACGGUUUGUACUUAAGAUUCGACUCAAUCCUGUCUACAUGUUGCAAUAUACCGACGAAAUGUACGAUCGAUUGGUAUAUAUUCAAGUUCAAGAAGAGAUUGUUAAAGGCAAUCUUCCAGUACUUGAAAAAGAAGCUUUGUUACGACUGACUGCACUUGCAAUUGGUGUCGAUUGUGGAGAUGCACCACCUCUCUCAGUGGAGGAAGUGACUGAAAUGCAUGUGUUGGAAUAUUUACCACCGGAAUGGCAAGGAGCUCAUGAUGAAGAAGAGUGGGCAGAGUUAAUUCUAGAUAAUUUAACUGACAAUUUAUUGGAUGAUCAAGAUGCACUGUACCCAGUGAGUGAAUUGCAGCGUAUUUACAUUGAAGAAGUCACACGACAUCGCUUAUAUGGCUCAAGUUUCUUUCCGUCAAAGCUUGUGAAUCGCGGGCAUGGAUUAAAUCAUUGUCUUGGAAUUGAAGUGCCAAAUUAUUUUGUCAUUGCUGUGAAUGGAUAUGGUUUGCACAUUCUUGGUCGUGAUGGCUCAAUACUAGGAUUUUGUGAGUACAAUCAAAUUGUAUAUUCUGGUGGCUCGUAUCCACAAUAUAAAGUCUGUUUGAAAAAAUCGACGGAUGUCUCUGCUCCAGUUGAAGAGAUUAUUGUGACGACCAAAUAUUCCGAAGAGCUUGAUGCUCUGAUUACGGAUUACAAAGAAAUUACGGCACUUUUAAAUGAAGCGUAG